UUCUCGAUUGAUUCUCUUACGUCGUUUGAUUGCUAUGAUUGUUAUAGUUUAUUCAGUGGUAUAUACGGAUCUGAAGUCUUUUUAGUGAAUUUUAGAUUCAAUGAGAUUAGGAAUUUCUUGUGAUAAUGGAUAGAAUUGUGUGAUUUGGUUUCCAUGGAUUUAGUCUUGAAAAUUUGAAUUCGAUGUCGAAAUUUUUUUCCCUUGUUACUGUUUUGAUUUGUUUUUUCUCAUCAUUUUCUUCAUUGACUUCUGUACAAAACUUAUCGUUAUUUCACAAAAAUUAAAACAUGAUUGUAUUUGUGGUAGACAGUAUAAAAUAUGGACGCCAGCAAUUUUGUGUGUUGAUGAAAGCUCAAUCCGAAAUUAAGGAUGUAAUUAAACUGGAUUCAUCUAUUAAUUUCUUAUGGUCCAAAAUAGGAGUCAUUUAGCAAAUGUUCAGAAGAUCAAGGACACAUGCAGAUAUGAGUAGUGAACUUGAACACUUUGUGUCUUUUACUCCAAAUAUAAUAUCUGUUUUGGGGAAGAAAUGAAAAUCCAGAUAUUAGUAGUAUUAUGUUUGGACUUAGGAGUUUGUUUUAUCUGAAAAUUGAUGCUUCUAUCACUCAACUGGGUAAGAUAUAGAAUAUCACAAAUGUUUAACUUGGAUGACAAUAGUUGACAGAUAGUUAGAACAAAGUUACUUGUUGUGCAUGUAACGAUUUGCUACAAAUUGUUAUCGUAGUUAUGCUUGGGAAUCUUCAUGUCACAACUUUUCUAUUAAAUUCACAUUCUGUAUGUAUACAAAUCCGAAUUAUGUAUAAGCUCUUUUAAUGAACAAAUGUCUGUAUGGUUAUAAAAGUUAAUAUAAAAUAAGAUUAAAGCAAGGAUUUAUAAGCUUUCCUCUCCCUUCUACAACUUUUUAUGACAAAACUCAAAUUCCUUUCUUCUUCUAUUCUGCUUGCAAGUGGGGACGAAACUUAUUCUCACUUUAUGAAAGAAAAACGCUAUAUAUACACAAGGGUGGUUUUGUUUUUUUUUUUUUAAUCCCCCUUUCAUUUUGGGAAGUAAGUUCUGAAAGGAAAGUUCUCAGAUACUCUCUUUUUCUUAAAAACUUAUAGACAAGGGAAUUUGAGCUUUAUCUCUUCUGUUUCUGUGAUAGUGGCCUGUUCUUGUCAAUAGGCAAACAUAUUACAUCCCAUCAUCAUUCUUGUUGUUUCCUUUUAAGUAUACUUUUACUUAAUUAUCAUCUCCACUUUUUCUUCUUUCCAUCAGAUAUUCCUCUAUAUCUUUGUAUAGAUAAAGUUUCACACGGGUAGUAGUCUCCAUAUUCACUUUGUUUGGCAAGAAAUUGUUAUACACACGAAAAGAAUCUUUUCAGACACAGGAAUACUUUUGGUUUUUGGAUUUGAGACUCUAAUUCUGCACAAGCAAUGUCAAGUGGCAACAAUACACAUUGGUGUUACCAAUGCCAACAACCAGUCCGGCUUCGGGGUCGUAACCCAGUAUGCCCGUACUGCUCCGGUGGGUUCGUGCAAGAACUGAGCGAAGUGGUCGAGCCCGGUCCACAAGACAUCGGGACCGGGCCCACUCACUCGCACGAACCGUCCGAGUACGGUUUCAUGGAACCGUACCCGGACCCUAGGAACAGAAUCAUGGAUGCUUUUGCUGAAUUAAUCAGACAAAGAAUGUCUGGAAGAAACCCUAAUUUUGAUGUUAGAAGAAGAUCCGAACAGAGUCAUGGUGUGGUUCCAUGGUUCAUAUUUGAUGGUCAAGCCCCGGCUCGGAUGUCGGCUAAUGACCGGUUUGAGUUCUUUUUUAACGGUGCACCGCCGGGCCCACGGCGGUCUAAUGUUAGUAAUAUUUUCAUGGGGCCGGGGUUGCAGGAACUGAUUGAACAGCUUACGGUUAAUGGUGGUGGGGGUAGUCAGGGCCCACCACCAGCAACCCGGUCAGCGAUUGAUUCUAUGCCAACUAUUCGGAUUAGUAAUAGACAUUUGAACACGGAUUCUCAUUGUCCGGUUUGUAAAGAUAAGUUUGAGUUAGGGUCGGAGGCUAGGCAAAUGCCGUGUAACCAUAUUUACCAUUCUGGUUGUAUUGAACCGUGGUUGGUUCAGCAUAAUUCUUGCCCGGUUUGUCGGGUGGAGUUGCCGGCUCAUGGGAUGAGUAGGGGUAGCAGCAGUGGUGGUGGUGGUGGAGGGGAGGAGAGUGGCGGACAUGGCCGAGGAAGGAGGAGUCCGUUAUCGUUUUUGUGGCCUUUUCGCUCGUGAAAGUUGAAGUGAAAUGAAACAAUCAAGUGAUUUGUCUGAUAUAGUUAUUAAGUUUUGUUGUAUGUGUUGGUGUUGGUGUUGGUUUUGGGUGUUUUUGUAUGUGUAUGUUUGGUUGAUAUAUAUAUAAUGAUGUUAAAUUUAAUCA